CCGCGCUGGCCCUUCUGAGCUUCCUUCCCCUUCCCUCUGCCUUGCUCUUCGGGGUCGUGGCACCGUCCAGGCCCGCUGGGCAGAGUAACCGGACAGGACCGCAGGGACGCCCACAAAUGUCAUGGCAGUGGCCACAGGGGCCAGAACGCGCCCAUACUCCCCAGGAUAGGCUUCCCAGAAAUGGUGGUCUUUCCGCCGCUCCCGAGACUGCGUGGGCUGAGUUUUGGGCGGAGGGCAGGUUCAAGCAAAGGCCCCUGAGAUGCAGAGCCUGAGGGGAUUCAGCAGCAAAGCGCUGGGACCAGACAUCUCAGCGAUGACCAGUUCUCCUGUCUCCAGAGUUGUCUACAACGGCAAGAGGAACAGCAGCCCCCGGUCUCCCACCAACAGCAGUGAGAUCUUCACACCGGCCCACGAGGAGAAUGUGCGCUUCAUUUAUGAAGCCUGGCAGGGUGUGGAGCGAGACCUACGCAGCCAGCUGUCGGGCGGCGAGCGGGGCCUGGUGGAGGAGUACGUGGAGAAGGUCCCCAACCCCGGCCUGAAGACCUUCAAGCCCAUCGACCUGAGCGACCUGAAGCGCCGGACCACGCAGGACACCAAGAAGUCCUAAAGUGCCCAGUGCCCCUCCCCGGGCUCUGCGAGAGCGGGGUCACCGGAUGUUGGUUCCCCUAUGCUACGGGCCCCGUUCCUGGGAGGGGAGGCACUGUGCUCCCGUGGGCGCACACCUCAGGGCCGGCAGGAUGGAUGGCCGAGGCCUGGCCCUGCCCCCUGGUCCCUCCUUCCCUGGCCCUGGAGGGGCUGUGGCCUGCCCACCCUGCCCUUCGUCCUCCCCCGGCUGCUCCAUGGGUGCCGUCUGGCUCUGCCUGCCCCACAGCUGACCCCAGCCCCUCUCAUCCCCUGCCCCGCCCCCAUCUUGCUGUCCCCGCCAGCACUGGGUCGGUCGGUCGGUCGGGAUCAGGAGGGGAGGGGCCUCUGCUUCGCAGCUGGUGGGACUGACUGGUUUGUCCUGGAGGUGACCAGGAAGUAGGACACGUGCAGCCCCACCUGCAUCCAGCUUGGGUGCCCCAGCCCCUUGCUGCUCCUCUGGCCUGAAGACUUGGGGAGGUUCUUCCUUCAUCCUCACCAUCCAGCCUGCCCCUUCCCUGCCUCAGCUUCAGGAUGGCACCAGCUCUCUGGGCCUGGGACAGUGCUGGCAUCCCUAAAGGGCCCCAGCAACCAAGCCUGGCCGCCUGGCGCCUGCAGCCUUGUGGCUGCAACCCCGCUGCCCUUGGGGAGGGGCUCUGUGGCUGACCCUGAGGUGGUGGUGCUGCCAGGCCCGUCCUGGCUCUCUGGAGUGUGCUGGGAGGUCACCAGGGCCCUUCUCUUCCUGUGCCCUCUGGAAGCCAAGUGUCUGUGGCUCUGGAGCCUGAGGGUCCGUGAAUAAAGGUGGGUGGCACUGGGA